UGACGUCGCGUCUCUUUAACGGAGGGCUUCUCAGGACGGGAGGGGGGGAGGACCGGGUUCAUCGGGUUCAUUCCCGGAUCGCAGCUUCUUCCAGCCUCCCGGACCGGCUGAUGGAGAGCGGAGCGGAGCUCUGCAUGUUGGGAAUGGAGGGAUCGCUUCUUCCUGCUCAGGCUGCCGGGAUCUAGAUGAUGAUGAUGAUGAUGAUGGCCGAUGGCUGCUGCAGGGGGGGGGAGAGAAGCAGGGCGAAGAUCGCCGCCGACUCUCUGCCCAGAGCGCCGUAUGCGCAGCAGUUCGCCCCGGCUGCAGCCCCGCAGCAGGGCGGAGACAUCCAGGAACUGGCCUCCAAGCGCGUGGACAUCCAGAAGAAGCGCUUCUACCUGGACGUGAAGCAGAGCGUGCGCGGCCGCUUCCUGAAGAUCGCCGAGGUGUGGAUCGGGAGGGGGCGCCACGAUAACAUCCGGAAGAGCAAGCUGACCCUGUCCAUGGCCAUGGCCCCGGCGCUGCGCUACUGCCUGGGGGACUUCAUCGACUACUACGCCCGCAUCGGGCUGCGGGGCAGCCAGGCCGCUCAGCCCGCAGAGGACGGCCAGGGCCGCGGGCAUGACGCGCGCAGAAACGCGCGGGAGCAGCACGCGUCACCCAGCGGGUCGGUGGGCUCCGAUGACCACGCCCACCGGGUCCUGAAGAGCGAGCUGAUCGAGAGGGACAACAGGAAGUACUUCCUGGACCUGAAGGAGAACCAGAGGGGGCGCUUCCUCCGCAUCCGGCAGACCGUCAGCAGGGGCCAGGGCUCCAUGGGCUACUACGGCCAGGGCAUCGAGCAGACCAUCGUGCUGCCCGCCCAGGGCCUCAUCGAGUUCAGGGACGCCCUGUCCCAGCUCAUCGAGGACUACGGGGACGAGGAGGUGGACGAGCACGGCCGCCCCGGUCCCCGGAGCCGCGCCGAGAGUCCCGAGCUGCCCGAGGCCGCGUCCUUCAGGGUGGACAACAAGCGCUUCUACUUCGACGUGGGCUCCAACCGCUACGGCGUGUUCCUGAAGAUCAGCGAGGUCCGCCAGCCCUACAGGAACACCAUCACCGUCCCCCUAAAGGCCUGGGCUCGCUUCGGAGAGAACUUCAUCAGGUACGAGGAGGAGAUGCGGAGGAUCUUCUCAUGCCACAAGGAGAAGAGGACAGAAGGUCGACAGGACAGCGUGGAGCAGGAGGACUGACCUCUGACCUCAGAGACACGGCCGACCUCCCCUUGUAACAAGUUGGCCGAUUUGCCAAGGGCUGGUACUCCAACAUCUACCCUGCCACGAAGUGAUCCAUCCUUAGCCUUACAGCAGCAGCUCUUCCAGCUCCACUGGUGCUGCUGCUCUUUCACGGGACUCUCCGGACCUGAUCCGGACCUGAUCCGGACCAUCCAGACCAUCCGGUCCCAACCAGGCCUGAUCUGAGC